AGGGAUUUUCCCCACGGGGACCAAUAAAGUACACUUUCUUCUUCUUCUUCAAGAGCAUGGAGGAAAUUCGAGGAGACAGCAGUUACUGUAGGACAGCUGGGCAGGAGGUGCUGGACCUGCCUCUGACCAUACAAUCAGAAACAGACUUCACAGAGGAGAGCAGGUUCACCCUGAGCACAAGUGACAGACAUGAAAGGGUCAGGGGAAGCCCAAAGUCAUGUAGCCUGUAACGUCGUUCAGCAUGAGAUGUUUUGUGUUGGGGCAUUAAUUAUCUGGGAAGAAAUAUGCUUGGGGGGAUGCUUAGACCUCAACCAGCUAGGCCUCAUGCAGCAGAGUAUCCACCUGAGACUGGGCACUGUUCAUGAGCGUGGAGGAUGAAGGAAUGAAUAUUGACUGGUUUUUACUGAAACAUAGUAUUUAAUAAUGCAAGAGAGAAAACCCAGCAAUCAUGAUCCCUGUUAAACAAGCAUUUGGCGACAGUGGGAAGGAAGAAUUCCCUUUUAAAACAAAGAGACCUCCAGCAGAACCAGGCUCAGCAAACAGAAGAUGGGUAAGAAAAUAGAAAAAAGAGAACAUAAGGAGACAAGGAUAAAGCAACCUUUAGCAGCAUAACAAACAGAUGGUUCAGGAUCAGCCUGUCCUGUUCUAAGUUUUUUUCAGUCGAAUCUUUAAUGUAGCAGUUGUGUUUUUCUCCCAAAUUGUAACCGGUUCCACAGGAGAGGUGUUUGAUAGCUGAAAGCUCCGCCUCCCAUUCUACUUCUACAAACAAAUAAGCCUGCAUCAGUUUUUCCUAGGGUGCUUUAUUUGGAUAAUACAGUGUUUUAGAGUCAUUAUUCAAGAUUUAGUUUGGGAGGAAAAUAAUCUUAAAUGAACUUUACAGAUGCCAACAAGGAGAAGUAGCUUCUUCCCCUAAAAGGCUGCUCCUCUUAGGAGUUACUACAGCCGAUCAUCUCCUUACAUCUCACCAUAUCCCUGUCACCCUCCUGUAAUUCCAAGCCUCUGCAUAUCCUCUUUCACUACAUCCAUCAAUCUUCUCUGCGGUCUUCCUGUUUUCCUCCUGCCUGCCAACUCCAUAUUUAAAAUCCUUUAUUUAGUAUAUCCAUCUUAAACGGUCCCUUCCACUCCUGCUGUUGUUCUUCUUUCACACGUUACCCCUGACACCUGUCUCCACUCACUCCACCCUUCCUGCACUCUCUUCAUCUCUAUUGUGCUCUGUGCGUUUCUUUGAAUGGGUGACCCCAGGUAUUUAAAUUCACCUAUCUUCCCCGUUUUUUGUCCUUGAUGCUCACCUUUCGACCCGUUUCCCUCUCAUUCACAUACAGGUAGUUCCCCUGAAAAGAAACUGACAUCAGAGAAAUAUGGUGAUUCUUUCUAGACGUAGUCAUUACUCUCACUGGAGUGUUAAGGAUCAACUUUUAGGCUGAUUUUAAUUAUGAUUUUAAAACAGUCUGAUAAUAAAGUAAUUAUAGGACUCCAGACUAGAAGUAGCAAAUGCAUGAACUACUUUUUCAGCAACACUUGGAGAUGCUUCUAAUUUUGUGUAAUAAUGAGGACCCCAUCCUAUUGCAAAACUAGCAACUGAACAGAUGAUGGAGAUGGAAAGCAGUCCUACAUAUUUGUUUAAUAUGUGCACUGAAGGACCAAAAUGAUCAAAAUCACUCCAAGGUUCCUCACAGUGUUCCUCGAGGCUAAGGUAAGGUCAUCCACAGUUAGCAUCUGGCUACACAUCAGGUUGCUAAGAUUUUUAAGGCCAAGAACAAUAAGAACUUUUGUCUGAAUUUCGAAAACUACAGUUUACCCACGGCUUUAAGAAUGCUAUAUAUUUCAAUUGACUGAUUUGUGAUAGGUUUCUGGUUUCAUAUAACGGGGUAUCGUCUGCAUAGCAACGACUAUAUAUGCCUUCAUUCAGUGUCUUACUUCAUUUGUCCUUUAUGUUUUUCACAGAAGUCAAAGCAACGCCUCUCUAAGGAGCUGUCGGACUGUGUUGUUUACUGCAAAAGUGUCCAUUUCACUAGCUUCAAACACUCACGUAUUCACUCCAAGUUCUAUGAGGUGGCUUCUUUCACAGAGUUUAAAGCCCGGAAACACCUUAGAGACGCCGGGCCUGAAUUUGUGCACCAUAACUCACGGCAGCUGAGCAGAGUUUAUCCCAGUGGUUUUCGAACAGACUCUUCCAAUUUUAAUCCUCAGGAAAUGUGGAAUGCUGGUUGCCAAAUUGGUGAUGCAACAAUAAGACAGAUUUAAGUCUAUAUCAAGCAUUUUUCAACGCUGCUCUCAGAUCAUUUACAUUAAUGCCUCACUUCUCACUGUGAUAUGUUUUGCUUGAUGAUAUAAUUUCACUCUUAAUUUGGAAUUAUUAGGAGUUUUAUUUUCAUGGUAGUCCAGGUAAAAUACAGAAAUACCAGGUUUGCUGGCAGGAAUCCCCUAAAUCAGGCUCCUUUCAGCGUCUUUAGAUCUUUUCUGAAGCAAAACUAAAGCAGAAAGUCAGUAUUGUCCUUAUUUUAACACUAUGUUUAGCAGCAGCCACCAUCUGAGUUCUGUGUGUACAUUUACAAAGAUGCUCUUUUUCAGCUUUUUAUGAUGACGUACUGAUGACGUGUUUGAAGGGUUAGAAACAGGGUUGGUCAGCAGGCUCAGCACAGUCUAAAGUAUUGUUUGUGCUCAAUGGUCAUUAAGUUUCCAUAGUAGAAACUCAGCUUUGCAAAAUGAACCCUUUAUUUAUCUUAUUGUGUUUUUCUUUGACACCAACAAAUAAUUGUAUUGAAUUAUUAUUAUUAUUAUUAUUAUUAUUUACACAAAAACUGUGAUUUUCUGAGUUCUAACAAAUAUGCUUGGAUAUAAUAAUUAUUUUUUUCACAUUUUUGUUCAGUUUUUUCAUAAUUAAUAUAAUUAUAUUAUAUUAAUAUAAUUAAAUUCACAACUAAGCCUGCUGACAAACAAAAAGUGACAGUUAGGCGUCCCAGGAAGAAACUGAUACAAAUGUAAGGAGACUUUCGUAAAACACUUUUUAUUCAUUUAAAUUCAAAUGUCAGUGAGAGAUGAGGAAGGAGAUCCAGAAAGGAAAAUUAAAAUUACUUUAAGAUGAAACAAAUAUUUUUCCUUCAAAUAAAACAUAAAUAAUAUCUGUCCACAUAAUGUCACCACUUAUUAUACUGAAUGAUCCUGGCUGAAGCCAAAAUCUGUGCAGCUUUAAUAAUAAAACAACAAAAUGCCAAGUGGCCCAGCACAUCAUGCACUUAAUCAGAACUGAACAGACCCAAACCUUUCCCCAAAAUCCCCACAAAAAAUGAUUUUUCUCCUCUUCCACUCAGUUGCUUUAAACUUCCAGACAGCAGGGGAGGGGAUGGAUGUGAACGAUGGACUUUUUAGUCAGAACGGCUGCUGUGGCUAUGUGUUGAAGCCCAGCUUCAUGAGAGAGGCGGACGUAAGGUUUGACCCUGAGAUGCCUCAGAAACGGGAUCACUACCAUCCUGUUGUCCUCACCGUACAGGUGAUCAGUGGUCAGCAGUUACCCAAAGUCAACAUCAAAGAAGACUCUAUAGUGGAUCCUCUGGUCAGAGUGGAGGUCCAUGGAGUUCCUAUGGACCAGGCCAAGCAAGAGACGAGAUAUAUUGAGAACAACGGGUUUAACCCCAUGUGGUAUGACACUCUGCAUUUCACCAUUCACACACCUGAGCUGGCCAUGGUGCGCUUUGUAGUGGAAGACUAUGACAAGACAUCUAAGAAUGACUUUGUGGGCCAGUACACACUCCCUCUGAGCUGCAUGCAGCAAGGUUAUCGUCACAUUCACCUGUUAUCCAAAGAUGGGACCAGUAUACCUCCCUCCUCCUUAUUUGUUUACCUCAGGAUCAAACAUCUGGAAUAGCUGUGGGAUUCUUUCUUCAUACUAUAACAUUAAUCUGAAAACAGUUCCCACCUGAUCCUGUUACAUUCAGAUCAUUUUUUAACAAUCAGCUUUAUUUAAUGAAGCUGCACAAAAUGUCAAAACAUUCAUGAUGAGAAAAAUAUGAAGUCACAGGAUUUUUGCAUUAUUCUUACUCUGUCAUACUUUUAA